GGAGGCAGAGUCACACAAGCAAUCGAGCCAAGCCGCGAAGGCAAGAAUCACAGCUUCCCCAUCAACCAUCCCCGAUACCCACAAUGCACAGAGACUGACACCAAAAUAGAAAUCUGGACAGGUAACAUGGCGAUCCUUGCUACCUGGGACUGAGCACAUCCAUAAAGCGGGCUGCCGUGUGCUUUUUGAGGACAGGUUACGGAUUUUGGCUCCGCCGGCGGCUUCGCGGGAAGUGAUCCGCUUUAGGUGGGGUGGUUUAUGUAGAUCAGCAGAGGAAGGAUCAGGAUCAGCAGCAGCAUGGCAGCAUCAGAGCUCUACACAAAGCGAGCCAGAGUGUGGAUCCCGGAUCCGGAGGAGGUCUGGAAGUCUGCGGAGAUAAUUAAAGACUACAAGCCCGGGGACACAGUACUUCACCUCCGUCUUGAGGAAGGCUCGGAUUUGGAAUACCGUCUAGAUGCCAACAAAAAGGAGCUCCCACCUUUGAGAAACCCUGAUAUUUUAGUAGGCGAAAAUGACCUCACAGCGCUGAGCUAUCUUCACGAACCAGCUGUUCUCCACAAUCUCAAAGUGCGAUUCAUAGACUCCAAACUUAUCUAUACUUACUGCGGAAUUGUCUUGGUAGCUAUAAACCCUUAUGAACAGUUACCCAUCUAUGGAGCAGAUAUCAUCAAUGCCUACAGCGGGCAGAAUAUGGGGGACAUGGAUCCUCAUAUAUUUGCAGUGGCAGAGGAGGCAUAUAAACAGAUGGCCAGGGAUGAGCGAAAUCAGUCUAUUAUUGUCAGUGGGGAAUCUGGAGCCGGAAAGACUGUCUCUGCCAAAUAUGCCAUGAGAUACUUUGCUACAGUCAGUGGCUCUACCAACGAAGCAAACGUUGAAGAGAAGGUAUUGGCUUCCAAUCCCAUCAUGGAGGCCAUUGGGAACGCGAAAACCACAAGGAACGACAACAGCAGUCGUUUUGGGAAAUACAUAGAAAUUGGCUUUGAAAAGCGACUUCGAAUUAUUGGAGCUCACAUGAGAACUUACUUGCUGGAAAAGUCAAGAGUAGUGUUCCAGGCAGAAGAUGAAAGAAACUAUCAUAUUUUUUACCAGCUGUGUGCAUCUGCUUCUUUACCUGAAUUCCAGAUGCUCCGUUUGGGACAUGCCAACAGCUUCCAUUACACAAAGCAGGGUCGCAGUCCUGUGAUCGACGGAGUUGAUGAUGCAAAGGAAAUGAAAAACACAAGGCAAGCUUGCGCCUUACUAGGAAUUGGGGAUUUAUAUCAGAUGGGGAUCUUCCGAAUUCUAGCUGCUAUUCUUCAUUUGGGGAAUGUGGAAAUUAAAGCUCGUGACUCUGACAGUUGCUUAAUCCCGCCGAAGCACGAGCCCCUGACUAUAUUUUGUGAUCUCAUGGGUGUGGAGUAUGAUGACAUGGCCCAUUGGCUUUGCCACAGGAAGCUGGUUACUGCGGCCGAGACCUACAUCAAGCCGCUGGCGAGGCUGCAGGCCGUUAAUGCCAGGGAUGCUCUGUCGAAGCACAUCUAUGCUUACCUGUUCAGCUGGAUCGUGAGUCACGUGAACAAAGCCCUGCUUUCAUCGGAAAAGCAAAAUUCCUUUAUAGGAGUCCUUGAUAUUUAUGGGUUUGAGACAUUUGAGAUCAACAGCUUUGAACAAUUUUGUAUCAACUAUGCAAAUGAAAAACUGCAGCAACAGUUCAAUUUGCAUGUUUUUAAGCUGGAACAGGAGGAAUACAUGAAGGAACAAAUUCCCUGGACUUUAAUCGACUUUUAUGACAAUCAGCCCUGCAUCAAUCUUAUAGAGGCCAAAAUGGGUAUUCUGGACCUGCUUGAUGAAGAAUGUAAGAUGCCCAAAGGCUCGGAUAAUACGUGGGCUCAGAAACUGUAUAAUACUCACCUUAAGAAAUCUGCUUUAUUUGAAAAACCCCGUCUGUCCAAUGUUGCUUUUAUCAUCAAGCACUUUGCAGAUAAGGUUGAGUAUCAGUGUGAUGGCUUUUUGGAAAAGAACAAAGACACAGUGUUUGAAGAGCAAAUUAAAGUACUGAAAUCAAGUAAGUUUAAGAUACUCACUGAGCUGUUCCAAGAGGAGGAGAAGAUCCUGAGCCCCACCUCGGCGACCCCCUCUGGACGCACCCUUCUAUCCCGCACUGGCCUGCGUGCAGCUAAGCCCAAACCCGAACACGCGAGCAAAGAACAUAAGAAAACCGUGGGACAUCAGUUUAGGAACUCUCUACACCUUCUGAUGGAGACACUGAACGCCACAACCCCACAUUAUGUGCGCUGCAUAAAGCCGAAUGACUUCAAGUAUCCAUUCACGUUUGACUCAAAGCGAGCGGUGCAGCAACUUCGCGCUUGUGGUGUGUUGGAAACUAUACGAAUUAGUGCAGCUGGAUUUCCUUCCAGAUGGACAUAUCAAGAAUUUUUCAGUCGAUACCGUGUCCUAAUGAAGCAAAAAGAUGUCCUUGCUGAUCGAAAGCAAACCUGCAAAAAUGUUCUGGAAAUGCUUAUUCUGGACCAGGACAAGUACCAGUUUGGAAAGACAAAGAUCUUCUUCCGUGCUGGGCAAGUGGCAUACUUGGAGAAAAUAAGAGCCGACAAGCUGAGGGUGGCCUGUAUUCGGAUUCAGAAGACUAUACGUGGUUGGCUUUUGAGGAAGAAGUACCUCUGCAUGAGGAAUGCCGCUAUAGCCAUUCAGAGAUAUGUCAGGGGUUACCAGGCACGAUGCUACGCCAAGUUUCUACGCAGAACCAGGGCAGCAAUCGUUAUACAGAAGUUUCAGAGGAUGUACGUGGUUCGGCAGAAGUACCAACGUAUGCAGUCUGUUACCUUGGCUCUCCAGUCAUACCUGCGUGGCUACGCAGCUCGGAAAAGGUAUCACGAGAUGCUUAGGGUACACAAGGCCACCAUCAUCCAGAAACAUGUCCGUGGCUGGUUAGCGCGAGUCUCCUACAAGAAGAGCAUGGAGGCCAUUGUAUACCUGCAGUGCUGUUACCGCAGGAUGAUGGCCAAGAGGGAGCUGAAGAAAUUAAAGAUCGAGGCGCGAUCCGUGGAACGUUACAGGAAACUCAACAUCGGCAUGGAAAACAAGAUCAUGCAGCUGCAGCGUAAAAUUGAUGAACAGCAUAAAGACAAUAAAUCUUUACUGGAGAGGUUGACGCACCUGGAGGUCACAUAUAAUUCCGAGAAAGACAAGCUACGCAGUGAAGUUAAUAAACUGCGCCAAUAUGAAGAGGAGGCAAAGAAUGCCACCAACCGUGUGGUCAGCCUGCAAGAGGAGCUUGUCCGACUUAGGAAGGAGCUGCUUCAAACUCAGACGGAGAAAAAGAACUUUGAAGAACAGGCCAAUAAGUACAGGACGGAUAUUGAGUUGCUUGUUUCAGAACUCAAAAAGGAGAAUGCAUUGCUGAAGAUCGAAAAGGAGGAACUAAAUCAGUUAGUCCAGGACCAAGCAAAACGAAUGACCGAGGCAAUGGAGAAGAAGCUAUUGGAAGAAACCAAACAAUUGGAGUUGGAGCUUAAUGAUGAAAGGUUGAGGUAUCAGAAUCUUCUCAAUGAGUUCAGCCGUUUGGAGGAACGUUAUGAUGAUUUGAAGGAUGAUAUGAACACAAUGAGCCUUCCAAAACCAGGACAUAAGCGGACGGACUCCACACAUAGCAGCAAUGAAUCAGAGUACACUUUCAGCUCCGAAGUCACAGAAUCAGAAGACUUUCCUUAUAGAAAUGAAGAGCCAGCUGACAGGAAAGCUCCGCUGGACAUGUCUCUGUUCCUGAAGCUUCAGAAACGUGUUAAAGAAUUGGAGCAUGAGAAGCAAAUCCUACAGGAUGACCUGGACAAAAAGGAAGAACAAAUUAUACGGGCCAAGAGUAAGGAGGAGGCCAAGUCACCAGCGAGAGGUACAGAAUUCGAGUAUGAAUCACUCAAGCGCCAGGAGCUUGAGUCUGAGAACAAGAAGUUGAAGAAUGAGUUGAAUGAACUGCGGCGAGCAAUCACAGAGAAGCCCUCUCCAAAUGCUGCAGGUCCAGGGUCACCGGUCUAUAAAGUCCUCUUAGAACAAAUGACCUCAGUCAGCGAGGAACUUGAAGUUCGCAAGGAAGAAGUCCUCAUUUUGAGAUCUCAGCUGGUGAGCCAGAUGGAAGCCAUUCCUCGCAAGGACACGAUGACUGACACCCUGCCCCUCUCUGAAGAUGUACAGAAGAUGAAAGAUAAAAAAGAAAUAGCUCAGGCAUAUACUGGAAUGAAAGAAACCAACAAAAUCCUACCUCAAGACUACCAUAUGCUGAAUGAGGACGGAGAGCUCUGGCUGGUGUAUGAAGGGUUAAAACAGGCCAACAGGGUUCUAGAGGCUCAACUACAAACACAGAGAAGGAGCUUUGAGAACGAAGUGGAAGCUCUCCGGGGAGAAAUCCAGGGUCUCAAAGAAGAGAACAACCGACAGCAGCAGCUUCUAGCCCAGAACCUGCAGCUUCCUCCCGAGGCCCGUAUCGAGGCCAGCUUACAGCAUGAAAUCACCCGGCUGACUAACGAAAACUUGUUUUUUGAGGAGUUAUAUGCAGAUGACCCCAUGAAGUAUCAGUCGUACCGGAUUUCACUUUACAGACGGAUCAUUGAUCUGAUGGAGCAACUUGAAAAGCAAGAUAAGACUGUCAGAAAACUGAAGAAGCAACUGAAAGUGUUUGCCAAGAAAAUAGGAGAGCUUGAAGUGGGUCAAGUUGAGAAUGUGUCUCCUGGGCAAAUAGUGGAUGAGCCAAUUCGUCCUGUAAAUAUUCCACGCAAAGAAAAGGACUUCCAAGGAAUGCUAGAGUACAAAAAGGAUGAUGAGCCAAAGCUGGUCAAGAAUCUUAUUUUAGAGCUGAAGCCCCGUGGAGUGGCUGUAAACCUUAUCCCAGGAUUACCAGCAUACAUCUUGUUUAUGUGCGUGCGCCACGCUGAUUAUCUUAAUGAUGAUCAGAAAGUGCGUUCCCUCCUCACAUCAACUAUCAAUGGCAUCAAAAAGAUCUUGAAGAAAAGAGGGGAUGAUUUUGAAACGGUGUCUUUCUGGCUUUCUAACACUUGCCGAUUCCUGCAUUGCCUGAAACAAUACAGCGGUGAAGAGAGUUUUAUGAAGCACAACUCACCGCGGCAGAAUGAGCAUUGCCUCACUAACUUUGACCUGGCUGAAUACAGACAAGUGUUGAGUGACCUGGCCAUUCAGAUAUACCAGCAACUGGUUCGCGUGUUAGAGAACAUCUUACAGCCGAUGAUUGUUUCAGGAAUGCUGGAGCAUGAAACUAUUCAGGGUGUCUCUGGGGUGAAGCCCACAGGUCUGCGGAAGAGGACCUCGAGUAUAGCCGACGAAGGAACUUACACGUUGGAUUCCAUCGUCAGACAGCUGAACACUUUCCAUUCUAUAAUGUGCCAGCACGGGACGGAUCCAGAGCUAAUCAAGCAAGUGGUAAAGCAAAUGUUCUACAUCAUUGGUGCUGUGACACUGAACAACCUGCUUCUCAGAAAGGACAUGUGUUCAUGGAGCAAGGGGAUGCAGAUAAGGUACAAUGUGAGCCAGCUUGAGGAAUGGCUGCGUGACAAGAACCUGAUGAAUAGUGGCGCUAAGGAGACCCUGGAGCCGUUAAUUCAGGCAGCUCAGUUACUCCAGGUGAAAAAGAAGACAGAUGAGGAUGCGGAAGCCAUCUGCUCCAUGUGUAACGCCCUCACUAUGGCACAGAUUGUCAAGGUUUUAAAUUUGUAUACUCCUGUAAAUGAGUUUGAAGAGAGGGUCUUGGUAUCAUUUAUACGUAACAUACAGAUGCGUUUAAGAGACCGGAAAGACUCCCCACAGCUGCUAAUGGAUGCUAAGCACAUCUUCCCUGUCACCUUCCCAUUUAACCCAUCAUCUCUUGCUCUAGAAACAAUCCAGAUCCCCGGCAGUCUCGGCCUCGGAUUCCUCUCUCGUGUCUAAGUACAGCUGUACUGCCCCAUUUGGAUGUUCCGUCCAUCCGACAUAAGCUUCGAUGCUACAUGUUCCAAACCCCCUGAGUAACACUGGAAGCAUUUUGGAAUCCAUAAAUGCACCAUUAGACGAUAAGCAAGCGUCUCGAUAGCUCACACACUCCGUACAAGAGACCAAGCUAAAGAUGGUGUUCGAUAUUGUUCAAUGGAGCGGUUUAUAUGAGUUAUAUUGUCUUGACCCAUCAAUGAUUUUAUAAGUCCUUUACCAUGUACUUACUGUGGAAGGGACAGCAUUCUAUCACUGUCAGGGCAAGAGGCGAUAUGUGUUUUAUUGGGGAAAAAUACCAUUUACUCAAAGCUAGAAGAAAAUAAGAAGAAGUUGUGUAGAAUAAUAUAGCUGUCGGUCUGUUUUAUCAGUGUGCUUAACCGGACACACUUGUGCCAACAGCCCAACAGAAAUCUUUAUUUAUCACAGUUUGAAGAAGAAAAAGCUAUAAAAGUAUUGAGUAAUAAAGUCAGCUAGUAUGUAUUGUAGAUGUAUGUUUGUUAGCAUUGUGGUUUCCUAUGCAUAUUAAAUUGCUGCUCUGUAAUGUGCUCUUCUAAUGUUCCAAUAUUAUGGUAUUAGGCACUACAAAAUAAACGAUUCAUCUCUUUA